GGGAAGGUGGGGUUGUGGCUGGUGGUGGCGGCGCCUCCCACCACCACUCCCGCCCAGGCUGCUGGUCCGCGCACUACUCCUCUCUCACAACGUUAGUGUCUCCUGGCUUUGCAGCGAAAGUUAAUAAUGAGUAACCAAGUACCUGCUAUUGGCAAGCCUGCACCCGUCUUCAAAGGCACUGCAGUUGUGGAUGGUGCUUUCAAAGAAAUUUCACUAGAAGACUACGCAGGCAAAUAUAUCGUCUUGUUCUUCUAUCCACUUGACUUCACCUUUGUCUGCCCCACAGAAAUUAUUGCCUUCUCGGACAGGGUAGAAGAAUUUCGUAAUAUUGGUUGUGAAGUGGUGGCGUGUUCUACUGACUCCCAUUUUUCUCACUUGGCAUGGGUUAACACUCCUCGCAAGGAAGGUGGACUGGGAAAUAUGAACAUUCCUAUCUUGGCUGACAAAUCUAUGGAAGUUUCCAAGGCUUAUGGAGUCCUUAAAGAGGAUGAUGGCGUAGCCUUCCGUGGACUUUUCAUUAUUGAUGGCCAGCAAAAUCUACGUCAGAUAACCAUAAAUGAUCUACCAGUGGGACGUGAUGUAGAUGAAACUUUGCGCCUUGUGCAAGCUUUUCAGUUUGUUGAGGAACAUGGGGAAGUUUGUCCAGCUGGGUGGAAGCCUGGAGCAAAAACUAUGAAGGCAGACCCUACUGGCAGCAAGGAAUACUUCAGUAGCGAGAAUUGAGGGAAAUUAAACACGAAUGUUUAGCUGCCUUAACAUGUCAAAGGUUUCAUUACUGGAUUUAUUUAGUUACCUUUAUGGUCUCUUUACAUCUAGCUUAAAAUAUAGUAAGUUAUGUUUAUGGUUAUGCAGGUAACGCCAAAUAAUAAACUAUUUAUAACUCGUGUAAUAAAUUUAAUAGUUUCAUGGAA